AUGGAGUUCAAGCGUGGGAAUCCUGCUUUUGCAGGAUAUGAGAACUCAUAUCCUUAUAACAGGCAGCCUGCUCCUACCGGCUUUGCGAAGACUCCUGUGUCUCACGCUGUGUCUCCAGGUCCUCAGUAUCUUCAGGACCCGUGCCCUCCCCCAGUCCCUCUUCCACCUCCAGGAGCCGACUUAAUGGCUACUCACUUCCCUUCCGCUCAGGGUAGGAGACCUGCACUGGUUGAUCCUACGGGCAAGAUUCACAUCCUUCCGUCUCAUCCCUUCUCAACUCCAAGCCGUAAUUCGCCAGUGGGUUCAAAGGAGGACUCUAGGAUUGUCUCACCUUUAGCUCACCGCAUUGGACGCCUGACCCUGGAUCAUUUGAAGAGACUUGAGUCCGAAAAUGGUGCUGGUAAUGCUGGUAACCCAUCUCAGGGCCCUGUCUUGAUCCCUGAUGCCGCAAAGAGCAUGGAUACAGUUGCAUUGCCUAGUGAGAUGCCGAUUGGCAGCUUGGUCCACCUCCAGCCUCCUCCUAAAUGGGGCGUCUUGAAGAUCUCCAAUAUUCCUUAUUCCAUCACCAAGCUGGAGAUCAACCAGUUCCUUGGUCGACAGGCACGCCUUAUCUCCCCUGAAGAUGGCUGUGCUGUUCAUAUAAUUAUGGAACGACCUACAGCCAAAACAAUGGACUGUUAUGUCGAAUUCCAGACUCCUAAUGAUGCCAAAGAUGCCGUAACUCGUAUCAACAAGAUGCAUGAGACAAGUCGCAUUCCCCGUCUGGGUAACCGCCACAUAGACGUGGAACUAAGCAGCCAGGAUGCUCUUUUGAAGGAUUUGUUCCCACGUGCUAAAUGUCUUCAUUGGAAAGAUGGUGUUCCUUAUGUCCUAGAGAAUACCGAUCCAUAUUCUACUGGCUUCACUGGAUUCUUCACUAGCGAAGAGAUUGUUGGAGCUAUCCGUCAUGCAGAGGUGCCUCAUCGUUUCCCUUGGUAUGCUACCAAGCUCUACACGGUUCAUGACCGUAACUGCCUGUUCGAAAUGGUCAAUCGCCAAAUCAAGGCCUUGGUUGCUCGCGUUAAAAAGUCCAAUACCGUUGGCCUUGACCAAAGGUUGUUACGAGAUCUUCUUAAGGCGGGAUUAAGUUGCCCUGCGUUCAAUGACCGCCAAAAGUACACUCUUUGUGUCAAUUCAGAAGAGCUGAGCGAGAUACUGAAGUUCGAUAUGGGGAAGUGGUUCCCGUUUGAUUCCUUGGUCAAAAUGCCCAAGCAUGACGAUCGAACACUCAUGUAUUAUGCAGGUUUGAUCUCCAACGGACCCAUCCAGAAUUUUGAAACAGUAGAUCUGCCGAACAACUUUCCUGCAGAUACCGAACUCAAAUCCCCGUAUGGAUCUAUUUGGCUCGAAUGGGGGCUGGAAGCAUCAAAGAGAAAAGUCUGGGAUGAUGCUGUCCAGCAAGAGGUGUACAUUCUUAGCAGUCUCGUCUUGGCUGGCUGGAUAAAGAACUAUGGUGACGAAGAGACAGCGAAACUCCCUGUUCCGACUCAGUCUGACGCAGCCAUCUCGACCAGCGGCGACUCGGAAAACAGCGAUGCUACCGUUCCCCCCAAUGGAGCCCAUUCUAGUGCUUUGGGCCAAGCGUCCCCGUACCAGGACAGUAUAUUUGCAACUCCAUCGCGUUGUGCAAGCGAUAAUCAGGUCCUCCGCCGUCCUUUCUUCGGCGAGAGUGCAUCCAGGCUUAACCCAGGGCUCUUUAUCCGCCCGGUUACUAGACCUCAGAGCAGACCCUUUACGCAUCGUAACACCUUGUCGUCCCCCACUUGUCUUCCGUCUUCUAGUGAUCCCUUUUUCAACUAGGGACCGGAUUCUUCAUGUUCCAGUCACUUUAAGUGGCUCUUACAUUCUUCAUUGGCUUUUUCCUUGGCUUUUCUUUGCGGUUGUUGCGGAAAGUCGCUCUGGUUAAGGUAACCGGAACCGUACGUGGCCGAAAUACUGUCAAGGCCAAGUGCAUUUGUUUCGAUCCGAUCACUGCAAGGCUGCCCUGGUUUGUAUCUUGG